AUGGCAUCAGACGAGUUCAUCAGCCUUGAGGCACCUUGCGAGGUUGAUGCGAAAGAUGAAGGGGGAGACAUUCAGGUUAAAGCUCCUGAUGUGAAUGGGGCGGAACCUCUCGCAUCUGAACUCCAACCAGAAGGGGAAUCUGGUGUUGUGGGCAGUAAUCCCAAGCCAUCUGCUGGGAACCUGGAUCUUGAAGAGGGGCAAGUAGAAGAUAUGGACAUCGCGGAUGAUGACAUAGUGGUUGGAAAGGAUCAGUUAUCAGAUGCUUCCAUUCAGCCCCAGACCAGCAUUCUUGCAGCUGUACAGACUGUGAUUGGUUUUGAGGUCAAGCUGAACAAGGGCGACAGGACUGAAAAUGCACCAAUUUAUGAGUCAAACAGCAUCUCUGUUGAAGAAAGUCGUAUCCUAUUGAAUGGAAUAUUAUCCUCGAGAGGAGUUAAAAGAGCCCGUGUGGAAUCAAAGGAGCCUUCUAUUCGUGUCAUCUACACUGACUUGACAAGGGAAAGCAAAAGAAAGCUUAUGCAACUGAUGCAACAAUGGUCUGAAUGGCAGACCAGAAGGCAGCACCAUUUGAAGGAAGCUGUGGAAGGGACCUUAGAAAGUGGUGAAGAGACUUAUUAUCCAGCAUUACAUGUUGGUUCAGAGAAAUCUUGUGCUGUGUCAUUUUGGGUGGAUAACCAAGCAAGGGAAAGUGAUACCGUAGAUGAUGAUACUGUUCCACUGUAUGAUCGGGAGUUUACCUUGGGCUCGACUCCUCUGGGUGAUUCAUCAAACACUGAAAGGGCGGAUAAGGACGAUUCACGCUGCUUCAAUUGUGGUUCUUAUAGCCAUGCUUUGAAGGAUUGCCCAAAGCCUCGGGACAAUGUCGCAAUUAGCAAUGCCCGAAAGCAGCAUAAUUUGAAAAGAAACCAAUCUAAUGUGAACCGUGUGCAAAAUCGAUACUACCAGAAAACGCCUGGCAAAUUUGAUGAUCUGAAAGCUGGAGUACUGGGACCUGAAACUAGACAGUGCUUGGGGAUCGGGGAAAAUGAUCCCCCUCCUUGGCUGCAUAGAAUGCGUGAGUUAGGGUAUCCUCCGGGCUACCUAGAUGUGGUUGACGAUGAAGAUAAACCUUCGGGUAUCACCAUAUUUGGAGAUGGUGAGGUGAAACUAGAGCACGAGGAGGGAGAGCUUUCAGAGCAAGCCGAGGCAUCCCCACCUAAGAAAAGGAUGACAGUGGAAUUCCCUGGAAUAAACGCCCCCAUCCCAGAGAAUGGUGACCAGUGGCUGUGGGGUAGCGCUCCGCCUCAGUCCUCAGGCCGCUACCACUCAUUGGAUUCGAGGGACUACCGUGAUAGAGGACCUCCUGGUGCUGAUCAUUAUUCAUUGAGAUACCAUUCCCACGAUUAUGGGCCUUUGAGCCCAAGCUUAGGGAGGUCACACUCAGACAGGGGGUGGAGAAGCCCACCUCGUUAUGAUAAUCUGCCAGCAGACGAUGGUUCCUGGACCCCGCACUCAUACCCCAGCAGGCGGUACUCGGGCCACUACAGCUCGAGCUCUGAGAUGUCGUCACGCCAUUCCAGGGAUAGAGACAGAGACAGGCAUGACAGCAGGCACUACCACCACCGCAGAUGA